CGCGUCGCGGCUCGCGCUCGCAUUCACUUCUCCCUCCUCCCCCUCUCUCAUCCCGGCCGUUGGAGCUCGCGAUUUCGCCAACGCCGCCGCAUUCACUCCUCCGCCUCCGCCUCCGCCCCCGCUCCGACCAGAUUCUUCCCGUGCUGCGAUAUAUUGGAUAGGCCUGGUGGUGUAAUUUGUCUGUGGAUUCUUGUUCUGCUGAGGUUAGCCAGGUGACAAACAAGAACGGAAAUCAUACUGUUUAAAUUAAGCAAGAAGGGGAAGAAAUGGCUGCAGAGGUUGGGCAUAGAUUCAGUGGGUGGUCAUACUCGGAUGUGCCUUACAACGACCACCACACACAGGAAGAUGCUUCAGUUCAGAAAAUGGUACUUGAUCAUGGCUCAGUAUCAUUUGGUAGAUUUGCUGCAGACUCCUUGUCAUGGGAAAAAAGAUCAGUAUUCGACCAUAACAGACGCCAAGAGGAGCUAAGCAACCUCACAAUGCCUGGUUUAGUUGCACAGAAGAAGGCAUUCUUUGAAGAAUAUUACAAAAGAGCCAGACUUUUGAAGGCUCAGGAAGCUAUCUGUCAGACUGAAGCCACAUCGGAAGAGGGGACCGAUCACUAUGAUGCUGGUGGCCAUAACAUCCAGGAGCCUAAAUUACCUUCAGAUUGUUCUGAAGAUCCAGUUGUUGGCGCUCCAAGCUCUAGUUUUGAACCAUCCACUGGAGUGAGCUCAUCAGAUGGAAAGAAAUGCCAAGACCCUCAUGGGCUAGGGUACUUGACAUUUAACCCUUUGUUUUCUCAGAUAACAGGAUUGCAAAACACUCGGCAGGAGGAGGGCUCUGUCUCUGAUCAAAAGCAACAUGCUGAUGGAGAUUUCCCGUGCGCUACACACACAAAUACCAAAGAUGUGCUCAACUGUGAACUUCUGGAGAGAAAGGUUCUUGCACCAAAGCAUGUUGCAUCAAAUGAUAAUGGAGAAAAUGUUGCUGUUUCAAGGAUUGUCUUGCCAAUAGCAAGUCUGCAAUCAGGAUGUCUGAAAAUUGAUCUUGAGAAGAAGGAAUCAAGAAAGAACAAUGUAAUCACUAAUAGAUCAACAAAGAUAUCCAAGGAACCAUCAACUUCUUUGAUCCACAUCCCAAGGAUUGAUUCAAGAAGAAAUUCAAAAAACAAGAACUCUCAAGAUUUGAGGGACCCAUUCCACAAAAGAGUCGAGAUGAAAUUGCGUGCUCUAUCUGAUAGGAUGAAUGCUGAUAGAGCUGCAGCAUCUUCGAGAUCAGCUUUUCAUCAGCACAUUGAUAGAGCUGUGACAUCUUCUAGAUCUUCUAUUACCUCAUGUAGAUCUUCUACAUAUCAAAAUGGUGACAGAGUUGCAACCUCUUCCAGAUCUGCUUUGUGUCAGAAUGCUGAUAGGGUUUGCACAUAUUCUAAAUCAGCUCCACAGGCUUCUCAUAGUUCUCUUAGAGAACCACAUGGUAGAUCUACCCUUUCUCGUGCAGUUUUUGUCAACAAAGGAUCAUAUGUCUCUCAUAUUGCUCUCAGCAAUGCUAGUACUACUGAGAAGUUUGCUGCUAGUCGUCCUAAACACUCGGUGGUGCCCAAUUCAUCUCAAAAUACAAAUACCUUCCGUACAUCUCAGGUCACAUUGAAAAGAUCAGCAGGUGUUAGCUGUAUAAAUAACGGACCACAGAAUAAAAGGAAACAGCUUAGCACACCGUCAAAAUGGGAUGAAAGUAAGCUGAACAGAGGAUAUGCGCGCAUGUCUUCACCCUCAAGCGCAAGAAGUAGCUCUGUGGGCAUUCUUCCGUACAAAACUGUGAAGGCUCCAAAGAUCUCAAAUGUGAAGAAUGUUGUGGCCAAGCAUACUGAAAUUAUGCAGAAGUCAAUCAGUGGAAGCCAUCCUGCUGGAGGAACAAAUGUGCAGUCAAAGUGCGUUGCAAGCUGCAAUGAGCAAAAGAGAAAGGUAAUCCCAUUACGGACUAGUAGCCUGUCAUCUAGCACAAGGAACAAUCUGACAUGUGGUCCAUCGAUGAGUAAGAGCAACCCAAGACAGGAGAGACCACGAUGGCGAUGACGACGACGACGACCCUAUCGGAACAAUCAGCUCGGUGCAGAAACUGCGGAAGCUGAUGAUUUUCCUGGAUCAGUUUCGGCGCGGCACUUCUGGACUUUUGACACGGCCGUUCUGCCUGGCUAAGGCUACUGCACCCAAACUCAGGUUUGGUAGCAGGUUUAGCCAUCGAACUCGGCACAGCCACUGCUGUGUCAGUUUCAUCAUCUAGGAGAACUGUAGUAGUUUUUUUUUCUUUUUUUCCUGGACAUAGUUGCUAACUUGCUAUAUAUUUGGUCGAUUUGGUGACUUGUGUCACUAUAAACAACCUUCAA